UCGCCAGCACCCGGAGAAAAGCGUCGUCGACGGGCGCCGAGACGUCUGGCGUCGCGUCCUCUUUCUCUCCGAUCCCUUUCCGAUUUUAUUUUCGCGGAAAUUCACGCACGGUUCGCAACGAUGAUGCCCAAAACGUUCUUCUUUUGCAUGAGUUUGAAAACAGGUGCUUGGAUUAUGACCGGUUGUAAUUUGAUAUAUGGAUUUACAUCGAUGAUAUCAGGCUCGGUGACGCUGGCGGAUGAGGAGAACGAUGAGGACCGAUUAAAUUUGAUUAUGACUGUUUUACUGGGCGUUUGUAAUUUAGGUAUUGCAGGAGUGAUGAUAUCCGCUUUGAUAAAAGGAUGCGAACGAAGGGUGUUCUUGUAUCUCAUAUUACAAAUGGCGAAUCUGUUCAUUAUCUCGGUAUUCUCAGCUAUAAAUAUGUUCGAGUUCAAAUCCAUAACGAGGUCUUUCGGACUUGUUGGAAUCUUACUUAUGAGCAUUUUGUGGUGGUACGGGUUUUAUUGCAUGAUAUCUUUCUACAACGAGCUGGAAGAGUACAAUAGAACUACAGUGAAGUCCGGCGUUAUUGAAAUUACUGCUACAAACACCACAGGGUUGGAGCCUGUCAUGUUUCCGGAUAAGGCCAUCGAAAGUACUUUAGUUUGA